UAUCAAAUAAAAAAUGUCACAUCAAGGAACUGCGUAUUUUGGCCAAGUGUUAAAUAUUUGUAAAAAUAUGUGUAAAAUACAUUAAAAACAAUUAUGUACAAUCGCUUAGCAAUUAGUUAAAACGUUUGUAAAUAAUGUAAAUUGUUUUGUGUUGGAAUUUUACUCCUGUGGAUGUUUGAAGCGGAGAUGAACAUAAAUCGACUAAAACCAAGAAUUUGGUUUGGAAUUAAAACGAAAGUAACGAAUCAAUAUUGCGACAACACAUUAAUAAAAUAAUUAGACAUGGUAGUUCGUUUGGCGAACUGUUCAUAGUUGGCACAACAAGCAACAUGGGACAGCAGGCUUCCAGCAGAAAGACGGGCGGCGAGUGCGGCUGCGGCGCGUGGGAGCGGCGCCGCUACGCCGAGUCGCCCAGCAGCGUGCAGCGGUACGUCAGCGCCGUCACCGACAGAUGGACGGGGCGGGAGUGCGUGUGCAGGCGUCGGCGCUGGCGGCGCCCGGCCUGCGUGUGCACCGCGUACCGGCGAGUCAGCGACGCGUGCCACGACGACGGUUUGGCAGCCGUGCUGACUCUGGGCAGAGACCUCCGCCGGGAAUUGGAUGCCAUCGUCUUGAACAGUGACGGUGACGCAAACAGAGACAUCAGGGAGCCCACGGCUGAGCUGUACGUGCUGUCCGUGGAGCCUAGUAGAGCGGAGGGUGAGGCUUCGGAAGGAGCUCGGAGGAGGGAGCGCGCUCAGGCCACCGACCGCGCCAUCAGGCGAUUCCAGGUGGUUUGUGGGGGAGAGCUCCGUGCUUUAUUACUCCGCGCACCCCCCUUGGAACAUCUACCUUCACCCCCUACUACUGUACACACGCAGGUGGACUACAAACAUUGCUUGGUACCGGAUUUACAAGAGAUCACCGCUUGCUCGUUCUACUGGGGCAAGAUGGACCGAUACGAGGCCGAGCGGCUGCUGGACAACAAGCCCGAAGGCACAUUCCUCCUGCGCGACUCGGCACAAGAGGAGCACCUGUUCUCGGUGUCGUUCCGCAAGUACGGGCGCUCGCUGCACGCGCGGAUCGAGCACUACCAGCACCGGUUCAGCUUCGACUCGCACGACCCGGCGGUCUUCGCGGCGCCCACCGUCACGGGCCUCAUCGAGCACUAUAAGCAGGACCCCGCGUGUGUGAUGUUCUUCGAGCCGAUGCUGACGGCGCCGCUGCCGCGCAGCGCGCCCUUCUCCUUGCAGCAGCUGGCGCGAGCCGUCAUCGUCUCGCACGUCAACUACGACGGCGUGGAGCAGCUGCCGCUGCCGUCGCGGCUGCGCGCCUACCUCAAGGAGUACCACUACCGCCAGCGCGUGCGCGUGCGGCGCCUCGAGCCCGACGCGUACGAGCCGCACAUGUAGCAGAUACAGCUCUACUACAUCCCGCGCGUCUGCUACAACAGCGGCCUGUGGCGCGUCGUGUUGCACGAGAACCAGUAAAACUGGGAAACGAUCGUCGGGGACACGUGAAGUGGCCGUGGGGCACGCUGAAAAUAAUUGUGGGGCAAUAUGAAAAUUGAUUGUGGGGUACAGUGAUAAUUGACUGUGGGGCACAUUGAAAUUGAGAGUAUAAUAAAAUGAAAUUGUGAUAAGCAGUGAAAAUUAAGUUUGGACUUGAAAUUAGUAGUGUCAAGUGUAAUACUUUAAAAUAUCACACCUUGAAACUUACACCACAGAUACAUCACAACAAACAUUAUCAUCAUAAGUACACAUAAAAUGUGGGCGUUUAAUAAUGUAUGUAACAGACACACACACCUAUAUCCUGUUUGUAUUUUAGCAGCCUGUGAUAUCUCAUGGUGCAAAGAAUACAAUAAAAAAAUCACUAGUGACUUGGGCAUGGUGAAUAAAUAUAGGACACAGUGAAGUGACAGGUGUAGUGAAAAAGAGUUUGUUCCACAUUGAAAUUGGGUUUGGGGCAUAUUGAAAAUGAAUUUGGGGCAAAUUGAGGGCUUAGUGAAAAUGAGUUUGAGGUACAUUGACAUUAAUUGUGGGGCAUAGUGAAAUUGAGUUGGGGCACACUGAAAAUGACUUUGAUAUUCUAUAAAACCUGUGAAGUGGAAAGAAAACUGGAUAACUAUGUAUAUUGUUCAUCACAAAUGUAUGUUUUUGUUUGUAAUUCUGUCUUCUACAAUACAUCAUAAUAUACCUAGGAUUAAUAAAAUAUGAUAUUUAUAGUUGAACAUAUUUUCUGAAAAAGUUCCAACCUACAGUCAAAUCAAGUAAAAUACUUCAAUUAUAUUAAUUAUACGAUUUACUCACUGCUAUAUUUAAUCCACAAAAUAGAUAGUUUUAUUUAAAGUAAUGUAUUAAAUACCGGGUUGGACUUCGUCUGUAUUGGCGUUUGCUGGCGCGCGUGCGGUGCCUUUUUGGAGUGUUUUCUUUUUGUUAAAAGUGAC